AUGGCUAUCAAUUCACAUUCAAGAGAAAAUCUUGAUUUUCUUUUACUUGAUAAUGUUAAUCCAUCUAAUACAUUAACUGAAGAAAUUAGCACACGUAUUUUUUAUGAUUUCAAUCCAUUUGAAACGUUUUGUGAAACAUUUCCUUCUGAAUCUAGUACUCAAUUAUAUAAUGAUGUUUUCGAAGAUAUACCCGAUAUCAAUGAAAUGCAACUAAUAACAUCUACUCCUAGUUUACUAUUUAUUUCGAAAAAUACUAUUCAUUCAUAUUUUCUUUCAUCAAUAGGUUCUGUUGAUGUAGUUUACAAAUUAUUAAAAGAAGCUAGUGAAGCAUUUCAUCCUACUGAACAGAAUAAUCCAGCAUAUAAUUUAGGACAUGUUGAUGAACAAUUAGCAAUGAAUAAAACUACUAAUGAUUCAUUACCUGUUAUUCAAUCAUUUUUAAAAAAAUCAUCGAAAUCAGCGAUUCCACUUUCAGAAAAUGUUGCUGUUACGGAUUUAAAAUCUAACCGAUUGAAAAUUGUUUAUGAAUUAGAAAAUAUAUAUCGUCCACGUUAUAAAAGUGAUUAUUUUCCUCAAACUGGUUCAGCUCGACAUCCACGUUAUAUUACUGAUAAUAAAACCAAUCAUUUUAUUACAUUACAAUUGCCAAGUGACUAUCAAUAUGAUUUACAAUAUGAUUACAUUCGUGUUGCUCUAAUAACAACAUCUAUCGAAGGUCAUGGACAUUACUAUAGUCCUUAUAAAUUUCAAAAAGAUCAUAAUGAUAUAAAUGUACCCGAUGAAAAUCCGAUGUAUAUUAAAAUAGAAGCUAAUCGAGAAGAUCAAUCUAAAAUGAGACUUUAUCUUGUUUUAAUCAAAUCUAAAUUACAUCAUCUGAAUUAUGUUCAACCAUUGAAAUUAUUUUCAGAUACAACCGCUAAUAUACAAAAUAUUAUACAUGAAGAAAUUUUACGUCCCAAAGAAUUAAUUACUAAAUAUCAAUUAGAUAAAUCUCAAAUAGCGUUUACAUUAUGUAAAAAACUUUCCGAUGAUUCCUAUACACCAUAUCCAGAUUCAACAAUAAUUUCAUCGAUUAUUACUGAAGUACCAACAUCGAAGAAAACAAAUGAUGUUACUGCAAAUACUAGUGUAUCACUAUUGGAUCUAGAUGUUGCAGGCACUUGUGAUCAGAAUGAUCUAUUCGGAUCUAUCGGACAUCCUGCUGAAAUACAUGAAUCCAAUGGAUAUAUUCCAGCUCCACUUUUUUCAAAUUCACCAUCUGAUAUUGAUCAGAAUUUACUCGUCAAUAACAGUUUACCAGUUUAUCCGAUUGAAAAAAAUAAAAAGGUCAGAACACAAAAAAAAGCUAUAUUACUUUCUUCUUCCGUUGGUGUUGGUCAACCAAAACAAUCAUCGAAUCCAUCUAAUAAAAUUAAACUUGUACACGAUUUAGAAGAAAAAUAUCGACCAAGAUAUAAAAGCGAUUAUUUUGCUAACAAUGGAACAACUCGAAAACCAAGAUAUGUGACUGAUCGUGACGGUAAUCAUUAUAUAUCCCUUCAAGUACCUCAACAUAUGCGAGGUCCGAUUCGAAUUGACUGGGUAACAAUUCCCAAUGAAGAUAAUGAACGAUUCGUUAUGCCAUAUCAAUUUCAAGCGAGUAAUGACCUUACUGAUGUACCUGAUUGCAAUCCUAUAUACGAACAAAUUCAAUCGAAUUCUUCAGGUUUAAUGAAAAUUUAUUUGGUAUUAAUUAAGGCGAAACAAGAUGCAUUAAAAGUAUUACAACCACUUCAACCAUUUCAUCCAAUCGCAGAUGCACUUGGACUUCUUGAUAAACAAAUAUAUGAAAAGGCGCCCAAAUUGACACCUAAAAACUUAAUAAAAAAAUAUCAACUUACGAAAUCCCAACUAGCAUUUACAUUAUGCACGUUAAGUAGUGAUGGUAAAACAUGUGAUCCUGAAUGGGACACGACUGUUUAUUCGACAGUUUUGGAAGAGGAAGGGAAUACGGAGAAUUCAGCGACGAAAAUAAUAUCUUGCCCAAAGUGCUCAUGUUCAAUAAAUAUCGAUAUUGAUGAACCAAAAACUCAAGAAAUGACAGGAAAUAAACGAAAAAGUAAACAAUUUAUAGGUGAAAAACUAGCGGCAGAAAAAGAUCCAAAUGCUAAUACCCAAUGGAAUGAUCAAUUACGUCGUUUUGGUAUAAUCGGAGAAAAAGAAGAAAAAGAAGAUAUAAAAACUGAAGAUGAACGUUUAGAAAUCUCUCGAGCUGAACAAUUGGAUAAGAAAACUCUAGAUGAAUUAGAUGAACUUGAAGAUGAAGACGAUGAACGCGUUUUACAAGAAUAUCGACGAAAACGAUUAUUAGAAUUACAAGAAAAAGCAACACGUGCUCGAUUUGGUGAAGUUAUUGAAAUCUCUGCAAUUGAUUAUGUUAAAGAAGUUAAUCAAGCUGGAAGUGAUAUAUGGGUAGUUCUUUAUCUUUAUAAAUCAGGACUUCCAAUAUGUUCAUUAAUUAGUGAUCAUCUUCGUUCAUUAGCUAUUAAAUAUCCACAAACAAAAUUUGUUAAAAGUAUAUCAACUGUUUGUAUACCAAAUUAUCCUGAUAAAAAUUUACCAACAGUAUUUAUCUAUAAUAAUGGUGACCUUAAACAUUCACUUAUUGGUCCAUUUGCAUUUGGUGGUAUGAAAUGUCGUUUCGAACAUUUAGAAUAUAAAUUAUAUGAAUUUGGUGCUAUUGAAACAACAGAAAAAUUAACUAAACCUGACGAUAUGAAAAAUUAUGGAGCGAAUGAUGCAGCUGAUGAUUUUCUCCGAUCAUCAAUUCGUCAAAGUAUGAAAAAUGAUAGUGAUGAUGAUGAUUAG